AUGACGACCAAUCAUAUCGAGCAUCUGGAUGAAGCACUCAUUCGGCCUGGCCGCGCAGACAAGAAAGUGCAUUUCCAGCUUGCCGACGAAAAGAUUUCCCACACAGUCUUCAAGCAGACGCCAGACCACAAGGAAUCGAAGCAUGAAUUCGGCGAUGAGACAAUUGAGAGGCUUGCCGACGAGUUUGCUUCCAUGGUGCCAGACCAAUUUUUCAGUCUAGCUGAAGUUUUGUCGUUCUUAUUGGAGCAGAAGAACUCGCUUUUUGGUGCUGUUACUGGUGUUGAAAACUGGGUAGAGAGGACAAAGGCUGGGAGCCAAUUGAAGAGAGAGGAUAUUGCCAUUUCCAAGUAUAUCUAA